AUGUACUCCAAGGCAGCAGCAGUGCAGGGCAGUCCAGUGGAGAGCAGCAGCAGCGCAGGGCAGCCCAGUGGAGAGUUCCACUACUUUGACGUGAGCUCGUUGGGGGCGGAGGAGUCGGUCACUCGAGCAGAACUGCGCUGGUACCGGAGGAAACAGCCCCCCCUGCUGGACACUGCACAUGGGCCUCACCUCUACAAGGUGGACCUCUACGAGGUGGACCUGUACGAGGUGCUGGACAGUAGAGCCCACCCGUGGAGAGGGAACCUGCUCAGCUCCAGACUGCUGCCCACACACACGCAAGGCUGGGAGCUCUUCAACCUCACACAGACGGUGUCUAGGUGGGUCCAGAGCGGCGGCACCAAUAACGGGCUGCUGCUGGUGGCGAGCCUGGCGUCGGGCCGGUGGGUGGAGGGUGUGACUGGCAGCGCCAACGCGCACGCACACACACAUGCCAACGUGCCAGCCUACCUGGUGGUGUUCUCCCACGACGGCAAGAGAGCGUCCACUUCUGACCACUCCUCUCACGAGCGCGACGGCGAUGACGUCAUAUCCUCCCGGGGGGGGCGGGACAGGAAGCGGAGGAGUGCGCCGGACGAUGACGAUGACGACUCGGCCCCGUGUCACAGGAAGUCGCUCUACGUGGACUUCCGGCGCAUCGGCUGGUCCUCGUGGAUCAUCUCCCCGCGCGGCUACGACGCCUACCAGUGCCGGGGCGCCUGCCCGUUCCCCCUCGGCCACGCCGGCCUCCGAGCGUCCAACCACGCCACCGUGCAGGCCAUCGUGCGCGCGCUGCGGCUCUCCAACGACGAGGGGGGGGGCGGACCUAACGAGGGGGGGGGCGGACCUGACGAGGGGGGGGGCGGACCCUGCUGCGUACCGGACGCGCUGACCGCCAUCAGCCUGCUGUACUUCGACGAGCAGGACAACGUGGUGCUCAAGCAGUACCAGGACAUGGUCGCAGCCAGCUGCGGCUGCCAUUAG